AUGUCCGGGGAGAGUUUCAACAUGCAGACGAUUGCGCUUGUCGACGACGACCGCAACAUUCUGACGUCGGUGUCGAUCGCGCUGGAAGCCGAGGGGUUCCGCGUCGAGACAUACACCGAUGGCGCUUCGGCACUGGACGGGCUUCUGGGCAAACCGCCGAACCUGGCCAUUUUCGACAUCAAGAUGCCGCGUAUGGACGGGAUGGAACUCUUGCGCAGGCUGCGGCAGAAAUCGGACCUGCCGGUGAUCUUCCUGACGUCCAAGGACGACGAGAUCGACGAACUGUUCGGGCUGAAGAUGGGCGCCGACGACUUCAUCACCAAGCCGUUCUCGCAGCGGCUCCUGAUCGAGCGGGUGCGUGCGAUCCUGCGCCGGACGGCGGCGCGCGAGAUCGCGGUCAAGCCCGGCGCGGCGGGCGCCAACAGCACGCUGGUGCGCGGUCAUCUGGUGCUCGACCAGGAACGCCAUACCUGCAUGUGGAAGGAAAAGCCGGUGACGCUGACCGUUACCGAGUUCCUGAUCCUGUUCUCGCUCGCCCAGCGCCCCGGCGUCGUCAAGAGCCGCGAUGCGCUGAUGGAUGCGGCCUAUGACGAUCAGGUCUAUGUGGACGACAGGACGAUCGACAGCCACAUCAAGCGGCUUCGCAAGAAAUUCAAGGGGGCCGACCAGGAUUUCGACAUGAUCGAAACGCUCUACGGCGUCGGCUACCGGUUCCGCGAGGACCAUUCAAUGGCGGUCGAAACCGACCACAUGCCGGCGACGAAAUCACGCCGCGACGGGCGGCGGGCGGCGGCCCGCGCCGGAUCGGUGCAGGGGCUGACCGGCCUGCGCCGGCUGUUCGGCCGGCACCUGUUCUCGUCGAUCACGCGGCGCAUCCUGAUCCUCAACCUCGCCGCGCUCGGCCUUUUGAUGUCGGGCAUUCUCUAUCUGAACCAGUUUCGCGACGGGCUGAUCGAUGCGCGCGUCGAGAGCCUGAUGACGCAGGGCGAAAUCAUCGCCGGCGCGAUCGCCGCCUCUGCAAGCGUGGAAACCGACGCGAUCCUGAUCGACCCGGAAAAACUGCUGGAACUGCAGGCCGGCGAGAGCAUCGUGCCCAGCGUCGACGGGUUCGACAGCCUCGAUUUUCCGAUCAAUCCCGAGCGCGUUGCGCCCGUCCUGCGGCAAUUGAUUUCGCCGACCCGGACGCGGGCGCGCAUCUACGACCAGGACGGCAACCUGAUCCUCGACAGCCGUCAUCUUUACUCGCGCGGCCAGAUACUGCGCUACGAUCUGGAACCGCUCGACGCGCCGGAAACGACCAUGGCCGAAGAGAUGCGCAACCGCAUUGCGCGGUUCUUCCGCCGCAACGACCUGCCGCUCUACCGGGAGCAGCCCGGCGGCACCGGCACCGCCUAUCCCGAAGUGAUGCAGGCUUUGGCCGGCGACCGGCGGCAGAUCGUGCGCAUCUCCGAGCAAGGCGAGAUGAUCGUGUCGGUCGCCGUGCCGGUGCAGCGUUUUCGCGCCGUGCUCGGUGUCCUGCAAUUGUCCACGCAGGGCGGCGAUAUCGACAAGAUCGUCGAGGCCGAGCGCUUCGCCAUGUUCCGCGUGUUUGCCGUCGCGGUUCUCGUCAACAUCAUCCUGUCCUUCAUGCUGGCGGGCACGAUCGCCAAUCCGCUGCGGCGGCUGUCGGCGGCGGCGGUGCGGGUGCGCCGCUCGAUCCGAAACCGCGAGGAAAUUCCCGAUUUCUCCGACCGGCACGACGAGAUCGGCAAUCUGUCGGUGGCGCUGCGCGACAUGACCAAUGCGCUUUAUGCGCGGAUCGACGCGAUCGAGAGCUUUGCCGCCGAUGUCAGCCAUGAGUUGAAGAACCCGCUGACCUCGCUGCGCAGCGCAGUCGAAACGCUGCCCCGGGCCCGCACGGACGAUGCCCGCGCGCGGCUACUCAACGUCAUCGAACAUGACGUGCAGCGGCUGGACCGGCUGAUCACCGACAUCUCCGACGCCUCGCGGCUCGAUGCGGAACUCGCGCGCGAGGAUGCGGGGCGCGUCGAUGUCGCGCGGCUGCUCCAGAACAUGAUCGGCAUCUGGUCCGACGGCCACAUGGACCGCAUCGCGCCGAAGCUGACCAUCGACCGGCAGCAGGGCGGCCGCGCACUGAUGGUCGCCGGCCAUGAAUCGCGUCUCGGCCAGGUGAUCACCAAUCUGGUCGAAAAUGCGCGCUCCUUCGUCCAUCCCGGCACCGGCCGGAUCGAAAUCCGCCUGUCGGGCAAUGCCAAAUGGGUCGAAAUCCGGGUCGAGGACAACGGGCCGGGCAUUCGGGCCGAAAAUGUCGAGACCAUCUUCAAGCGCUUCUACACCGACCGUCCCGGCGCGGACGAUUUCGGCCAGAAUUCCGGGCUCGGUCUUUCGAUCUCGCGGCAGAUCGUCGAGGCCCAUGGCGGCACACUGACCGCCGAGAACAUCACCCGUCCGAACGACACCGAAACCGUUCUGGGCGCGCGUUUCAUCGGCGUUUUGAUCACCGGCGCCUCGGGCGCCGGCAAGACAGGGCUUGCACUGACGCUGAUCCGGCGCGCCCGCGCCGGCGGCAUCGAAGCCGGCCUCGUCGCCGACGAUCGGGUGAUCCUUGAACCCGAUGCAAGCGGCAUAAUCGCCCGGUGUCCCGCGCCGCUCGCCGGCAAGAUCGAAGUUCGGGGCUGGGGCAUCGCCGAUGUCUCGGAUAUCGCCGUGCCGUCCGUCCGGCUUGCGCUGCUGGUCCGUCUGGUCGCGGCUGGAGACGCACUGCGUUUUGCGCAGGAACACCGCGAAACGGUGGAAGGGCACGGCUUCCCGUGCCUCAGACUGCCGACAGGGCCGACCGCCUCGGCACCGGCGGCCGUGUUGGCCGCGCUUGGCCUUCCGGAAGCGUUCGAGACGGUGUGCAUCGAAGCGGACGACAAUAUGGAGCGGCGGCGCGAGGAUAUCGUGGCGGCCAUCGACCGCGUCGACACCGGCCGGGGCGUCAUCGUCGUCACCGACAUGUUCGGCGGCACGCCGUCCAAUCUGGCGAUUUCCGUGAUGGCGCCGGACCGCACCGAAGUGAUCGCAGGGGCCAAUCUGCCGAUGCUGAUCAAGCUGGCCAAGGCGCGCGAAAGCGCCGACAUGGCGAGCACGCUCGAACAGGCCGUCUUUACCAUCACCAACAAGCGCGGCCUUCACGCGCGCGCCUCGUCUAAGUUCGUCCAGCUCGCGGAAGGCUACGGCGCCUCCAUCACCGUGGCCAAGGACGGCACGCGCGUCGGCGGCACAUCGAUCAUGGGGCUGAUGCUGCUCGCGGCGGGACCCGGCAGUUCGAUCGAAGUGACGGCGGAGGGACCGGACGCCGGCGCCGCGCUUGAUGCGAUCGGCGCGCUGAUCGCCGACCGGUUCGGCGAGGGCGAAUAG